CCAAUGAGAACGCAGCAAUCCAUUCUCUGCCGAAUGCCUAUCCGUAUUUCUGGAUAUCUCUUCUGCGAUGUCCUGAUGUCCUUUCCACCGUUUCCAGCGGAUUCCAUCCAUCUUCCUCUCAUCUUUCGUCCUUCACAGACUUUUGCUGCACUGAUCCCCCUCCUCCCCUCUCGACCAAAAUACCAAUUCCGUAUCUCCCGUCCUUCCACCCGUGACUCCGUCCAAGAAAGCUACAGCGGUGCUUAAACAAUAAUUACAAGAAUAUUGGAUGACCUUGGCAUUGAUUCAUUCUUCAUCAGAUGCGUCGUCAAUAUUUAUCAUCUUCGAAAGACUAAAAGAAAAUGUGAUGCAGAACGGAUUUGAUAAUUCCGAAGAAUUAUGUUGAAAUAAGUGGAAUGACGUCAAUUCUCUUCUUCAAAUUUGUUUUCCUUUUUAAUUAAACUUGGAUGAUUUCGCAAAGAAUUUUACAGCAUCUUCAAAUAUCGACAAAGAUUAUGGUUACUGGAAAUACAGCAGUAGAAAUAUUUGUCAGGAAUAUACAAUAAAACGAAAAUAGGGAAAAUAUCCCCUUUGGAUUAUAUGAGAAACUUAAUUGGGUUUUAUCCUGAAGAUAUGCCAAAAGUGAUUGGAAAGUCAUCCUAUGGUGAUGUCCAUGGUAAGCCGUUCUCUGGAAGUAGUGACUUAACAAAACUCAAGCGCAUUCCUGCCGGAGAGAAGUCCCAUCAGUGUGAUAUCUGUGGCAAAUCAUUCACUGAAAAUGGUGAUUUAACUAAACACAAACGUAUUCAUACAGGAGAGAAGCCGUUUCACUGCGAUGUGUGUGGUGUGUCUUUCUCUCAAAAAGGUAACCUCACCACUCAUAAACGGAUUCAUACAGGGGAGAGACCCUAUUGCUGUGACAUCUGUGGUAAAUCAUUCUCUCAGAGUGGUGAACUGACUAUUCACAACCGUAUUCACACAGGAGAAAAACCCUAUCGUUGCGACAUCUGUGGUAAAUCGUUCUCUCGUAAAGGUAACCUAACCACUCAUAAGCGUAUUCAUACAGGAGAGAAACCAUAUCACUGUGAUAUCUGUGGUAAGUCCUGCUCGGGCAGUAGCAACCUGAUUACUCACAAGCGCAUUCACACAGGGGAGAAGCCAUAUCAAUGUGAUGUCUGUGACAAGUCGUUCUCUCAGAGUGGUGAGUUAACAAAACACAAACGUGUUCAUACAGGAGAGAAGCCAUUUCAUUGUGAUAUCUGUGGUAAAUCAUUCUAUGGAAGCAGCGAAUUAACCAUACAUAAGUAUUUUCAUGCAGAAGAGAAAAUAUACCAGUGUGAUAUCUGUGGUAAAUCAUUCUCAAGGGGGAGCGAUUUAACAAGACACAUACGAAUUCACACAGGAGAGAGGCCUUACAACUGCGAUAUCUGUGGUAAAUCAUUCUCUGAAAACAGUGUCUUGACUAAACACAGACGUAUUCAUACGGGAGAGAACCCAUACCAUUGCGAUAUCUGUGGUAAGCCGUUCUCGCAGAGUGGUGAAUUAACCAGACACAUACGUGUUCAUACGGGAGAGAAACCAUACCACUGUGAUAUCUGUGGUUCAUCCUUUUCUCAGAGUGGUGAACUGACAACACACAAACGUGUCCAUACAGGGGAGAAGCCAUAUCACUGUGAUGUCUGUGGUAAAUCAUUCUCUCAAAAAAGUCACUUAACUACGCAUGUAUCUCUUCAUGCAGAAAUGUAAUUGCAUCAAUACUGAAAUAUAAAACAUCAUCAUCAUCAUUUAACAUCCGUUGUCCAUGCUGGCAUGGGUUGGAUGGUGUGACCAGGGCUGAUAAACUGAGGGCCUGCACCAGACUCUUGUCUGAUUUGAUAUGGUUUCUACAGCUAGAUGCCCUUCCUAAUGCCAACCACUCCAAGAAUGCACAGUUUUGUUAAGAAUGGAGCAAGAUAAAGUUAUAUGCAGAAAUACAAUUACCUUGAUAGAAACACAUAUUGUGUAUCCAUAUACAGUUUUUGUGAUAUUUUUGCUGUUUUUUAAUGAAGUAUAUGUGUGUGUGUGUAUAUAUAUAUAUAUAUAGAUAGAUAGAUAGAUAGAUAGAUAGAUAUGUAAAUUUUAUCUAGUCCAUGCAAGCAUGGAAAGUGGAGGUUAAAACUGAUGAUGCUGGUGUAUGUAGAUGUAUAUAUGUGUGUGUGUGUGUGUUUAAACUGAUGUAAUUAAUAACAGCUUCGAUUAGUUCUGAUUGGGUCACAGGUUUUGGUUUUGUAUUUAUCAAUUUAAUUAGAUUUUGUUAAGACAAUUACUAAAUUUAAUAUAAAAUGAACUAAAUUUGAUCUUACAAAAUCUCUUUUCUUGCAUGGUUUUUAGAACACAAAAGAAAA